AUGGGAAUCUUUAAUCCUUCAGACAACAAGAACACAGACACCGUUGCGGUUCAGCAGGACCGGCCCUUCAACUCGUCGCCAUUGGACUCGCUCAAUGACUCGCUCGAGACGUUGUUUUCGUCCGCCAAUACGCUCACCUCGUCGUCGGUCUCAAACCUGUUUGACUGGUACUCGAAACGGUGGGGCGAGAAGGGCCAGGAGUUCCAGGAGUCGGUGAUCGGCGCGGCAGACCAGCUGUUUGACCGGCUGCCGGUGUUCCAGGACCAGCUGUACUCGCAUUUCGGGCGCCGGUUCAGAAACGAGCGCACCCCGUACGGUUUAUGGGCGUACCCCGUCCCGUCUCCAAACAUGUACGAGCAGUGUCAGGAGGUGGAGGGGCUUUCUGUGUGGGACUCCACGGGCUACUGGCGGUGUCUGUUUCCGCGGGCACGCAUCCCGCAGGAGUUUGCCUCUGAGCUGUCCAGAGAGGACGUGGAGGCAGACACGGCCCACGAAAAAGGCGUGUUUUUCCAGCAGUACACGGACUUUUUAGGGUUCAAGGCCAAGAUGAACAAGCUGGCUCACGAGAAGCGCAAGCAGGACUGGGCCCGGUUCAAGGAGGAACAGAGGGCCAAGUGGGAUUUCGUCAACGACAAGAAGGACCCGGACGCAGUUACCAGAACCGGUACCAGCUCCACCACCACGAUCCGCACCCUGGAGCAAGGUGACGUGGAGAAAGUGACCGUUCUGAAGGAGUUCUUCAGUGAUGGUACGUCCUCUGUCAAGGAGACCAAGGAGGUCCUCAACCCGGCUGGCGAGCGCAAACAGUUCACCGAGGAGACCCCAAAGAGCGGCUGGUUCUGGGACAGCGAGAAAAAAUGA